UUAUUAGAUACAACCAUGUGUAGAGAAUUAGUUGCUGUAUUAAUCGUUGUGUGCGGCGUCUUCGGUGACGAUGGUGCAGUGUCGCACGGGCGGUUCAUGCGCAGAGACGAGUCCUCCACACAGUUCUGGGUAGAGGAGGCGCAGGCGACGCUCCGACAGCGACACACACAUGGCGCGCAACGCACCACGGGACACGCGCGCAACGUCGUCCUGUUCCUCGCGGAUGGCAUGUCUAUGAGCACGCAGACCGCCGCGAGGAUCCUGCUGGGCCAGCGUCAAGGGCAGUCGGGGGAAGAGCACAAACUGUCCUUCGACGAGUUCCCCACCUCUGGAUUUGCCAAGACGUACUGCCUGAAUUGGCAAGUGCCUGACUCUGCGUGCACGGCGACGGCAUGCCUGUGUGGUGUGAAGGCCAACAUGGGCACCGUGGGCGUGAACGGCGCCGUGCAGCGACACAACUGCACCGCCUCCAUGGACCCCGCGCGACAAGUCGACUCUAUAGCGCAGUGGGCGCUGGCCGACGGACGCGAUGCAGGUAUCGUGACUACGACGCGCGUCACGGACGCGACGCCCGCUGCUGCGUUUGCCAACGCCGGCAACAGGAACUGGGAGAACGACGAAAGAAUCGUGGCGGCCGGCUUCGACCCCGCGACCUGCCCCGACAUCACACAGCAACUGGUCCACGGCAACCCAGGGAGCCAGUUUAAGGUUAUCCUAGGCGGUGGUAGACGCAAUUUUUUACCGAAUACAGUUAACGAUGAAGAAGGGACACCCGGUAAUAGAACAGAUGGACGGAAUUUGAUCGAGGAAUGGCAAGCAGCAAAGGCGGCGCAAAAUGUUACGUACAAAUACAUAUGGAACCGAGAGGAGCUGAAUGAGUUGGCGUCCUCACCGCCAGACUAUCUGUUGGGGCUGUUCGAGGGAAACCACAUGCAAUAUCAUCUAGAGGCAGACAAUACGACUGAGCCUACGCUCGCCGAGAUGACGGAGGUCGCGAUCCGCUCGCUGAGUCGCAAUGAACGCGGGUUCUUCUUGUUCGUCGAAGGCGGCCGCAUCGACCACGCGCACCACGACAACCAUCCACAUCUAGCACUUGAUGAAACCAUCGAAUUGCACAAAGCGGUGACGCGUGCGAUGGAGAUGCUUGAUGAGAAGGACUCUUUGUUAGUGGUUACCUCUGACCACUCACAUGUCAUGACUAUCAAUGGCUAUUCGUCACGUGGCAAGGACAUUCUCGGGCCUACAGAUCAUGGGGAUGACAACGGGGUGCCUUUCAUGACACUUUCAUAUACCAAUGGUCCUGGAGGUCGCGGACGGCCACACACAAACGGGGUGCGCGUCGACGUCACACAAGACCCUGACUUUGGUGAGCUGCGGUGGCGCGCGCACGUGGACGUGCCUCUGUGGGAGGACACCCACGCCGGCGAGGAUGUGGGAGUGUUCGCGCGCGGGCCGCACCACGAGAUGUUCUCGGGGCUGUACGAGCAGAGCCACAUCCCGCACCGCAUGGCGUACGCGGCGUGCAUCGGGCCCGGCCUGCACGCCUGCAGCGCCGCGCACUCGCUGCGGGGCUCGCUGCUGGCCGCACUGCCGCUGCUGGCUGUCCUAAUGGCUGUAAUACGACAAGACUCGUAGAUCCAAAUUAUUUUACCUAAUUUAAAGCUAUAUGUGAUAUUAUUAGUUUAGAUUAGUGUUCCCUGAGACGCCGGAUGUUACCGCUCGGUGCAUUAAACGCGUGCCAUUGAUGAUCCUGGCUAGCAGAAGUUGUAGUGGCGAGUGUGAGUGAGAAAGUCUAUACACAUUAUGUUAUGCAAUAAAAUAUACUCGUAUUAUCUUUAUUACAAUUAAUGAUAUUUUAUUUAUUAUUGUACCAACGUGUUCUUUAGAGUGAUUUAUUUAUUACACUUCCUAUUUCCUCAAUUUCAUGUUCCGAGAAUGGUUGAAAAUAUUAAAAUAUUUGUUAGUUAAUCCCAAUUUCAACCGUGGAUUAGGUUUGGAUAAAAUUUUUUGUAAUUCAAGGCGCUGUUUGGUGUUUCUACUGUUUAUGGGCAGUUAUAUCGCUUACCAUCAGGCGAACGGCAAGCUCGUCUCGUCAAUCAAAGUAAAAAAAAAAAAAACAUUAAUUAAAAACGGAAGCCGGCAGGAAUCGGGCUGUAUGGACCCUUCGUCACUGCUUCCGCUUCGUUAUAAAAUCUCGUAUAUGUUAUGUUGUGGCCGUCACAUGCCGAGGGCGGUGUGGUCCACAACAAGGCAUUAGUAUCGCGGCCAGGCGGUCGUAAACAAUACGGCGUCAGCGGCAACACGCGGCGGCAGUCGACACACAUCGACUCCUUACUUAUGGCCUUCGUAAAAUGUUUAUUGUUUCCUAUGUCUGCACAGUUGCUGCUAGUUCAGUGGUAUAACUUGAAUGGUGAUUAGUAGAAUAAGCUAAGGUAUUAUAAGAUAAUACAUAUAAAGUCAUUAAAUGAUGAUAAUUUAACUUUCAUCUCCAAAAGAUUAAAUAAGAGAAGGAAAUUGAAAAGAAAUUUAAUUUUUGGAAUUGGAGAUAUGUAAAUAGGUGGAUACAGUUUUGAUUACGAGUGAAUUUAAUUGAAUAAAUACUUUUGAAACUGA